UUCUGACUGUGCCUUUGAUUGCGAAUGUGAGUAAGCUGCUGGUGAAUGGUAAUGAUAAUUGAUUCAUAAAUUCUUGAUUUCGCACUGCAAUCUGCAAAUCUGCAUCCUGAUGACCGGUCUGAUUACAGCUGAUGGUUCUUAAGAAGUCAGUGAGCAAUUGAUGGAACGAAAUACACUAGUAUGAUAUUUCAAAUAUAUUGCAAAUCGUCUCUCAGAGUCAGACUCAGACAUGUCAGAGGUCUAUGAAUGAUGAGAUCGCGUGUAACACGGUAAAUUGCGCAAUACAUUGCCCAGCUAAAUUCAACAAACCCGGCGAGGCGCGCGGCCCUGGAGCUCCGGCGGCCGCGGCGCGGCGCGGCGCUGACCGGCCCUGCAAAAAAUCCUGCUCUAAGUACCGCUGAACGCCGGACCCGGCGAAGUGAAUGAUGUCGGCUUUGUCUAGGAUUAACUCUAAAUUGAUAUUUGUGAGCAGAUAUUCUUCCUUGGGAAAACCAUUCAACGGAAUUCCACAUUCGAUCGGUCAGCAGUGUGAAAAGCUCCGCAGAGGCAGCCAGGUUUCUCAAGCAAGAUUGCACCACAUCCAGACUGUGCUCCGACCCCAUCUCAGACUGUGCCACUCUGCUACCACAGUGACAAGCCAACCCGACAUGAAGGUCACCAUUCUCUCGGCCCUGGAGGACAACUACAUGUACCUCUUGUCCGAUGAGGACACCAAGGAAGCCGCCAUUGUAGACCCCGUCAACCCGGAAAAGGUUGUGCAAGCUGUGAAAGAUGGAGGUUAUAACUUGACAACAGUUUUGACCACUCAUCACCACUGGGAUCAUGCAGGUGGUAACGAGAAACUGGCCGAAUAUUACAAAGGCAGAUCGCUCACCGUGUGUGGGGGAGAUGAUCGCAUUGGUGCUCUUAAUAAGAAAGUAGGCGAUGGAGACCAAUUCAAGAUCGGUAGUCUUCAAGUAACGUGUAUGUUCACACCCUGCCACACGAAAGGUCACAUCUGCUACUACAUCCAAGGAGAUGCGUCCGAGGAUCCAGUUGUAUUUACAGGUGAUACGUUAUUCAUAUCUGCCUGCGGGAAAUUCUUCGAAGGCACCGGUGAUCAGAUGUACACCGCCCUCAUUGAGAAGCUCGGCAGACUGCCUGACGACACCAAGGUUUACUGCGGUCAUGAAUAUUCAGUGUCCAGUCUGACCUAUGCCCUCACGGUGGAACCAGAUAAUAAGGAUCUUCAAAAGAAGUUAGAAUGGGCAAAGGAGCAAAGAGCCAAGAAAAUGCCGACAGUACCCUCUUCUAUCGCGGAAGAAAAAUCAUAUAAUCCUUUCAUGAGAGUCGGAGAGCCAUCCAUCCAGAAGUAUGUAGGUAACACUGAGCCCGUUACAGUGAUGGGUCUAUUACGCAAAGACAAGGACAACUACAAACCCAAGAAAUGAAGGCAUCAAUCAACAACAUUUCAUCAAUAAUGGGGUUUUGCAUGAAAUUAAUACCUUCAAUUGCAAAUCAAGUGUAAGUCUCCGAAGCAAGAGUCAAAAGAAAAUUGAGUUGCGAUUGUAUGCUAAUCGGUGAAAAGUUUGCAUUUAAUCAAAGGACUUGUGCUUAAUAGUUUGAACUUGCUUGAUUUGUAGUUGAAAAUAAGUUUGUUGCAGCGCCCGUUUGGCCCGGAAGUGGUUUUAAUUGUACUGUACAAAACCACGGAAUGCAACAGAUUUCUCUUAUUACCACACUUCAUUCAGGCAUGAAUGAAGCGCCCAUUGCCAAAAGAGCACAUUUAUAAUUGGACAUUUCCUAAUGUAAGCAAUGAAAAGAAAACAAUUAUGUACAUAAAAUCUGCAAAGUCUAUGGUUUUGUAACAUUUGUCCAAUUGAAACAAAUUUUGAGAAUUUGGGCCAUUAAAUUUUCUACUUCAUAUAGGUUUAAUUUUAAUGAUCCAAUAAUAAUAAUGAUAAUGCUCGAUGGACUGUAACAGGGCUACUCAUAUGAUAUAUUUUUCACUGGAAAGGUACUCUUCAGUCCUAAUUGCACUGUUGCAUAAAGCUUAGCGAUUGAUCUUGAAACUUAUUUCUACGAUUGAUUGCAUUUGUUAUUGUGUAUAAUCAAUUGUAAGUAUCAGUCCUACGGACAAUCGCUAUGCUUUAUGCCUCGGGUCCAAGUGUAUUUAAUUCAAUCAAAUAAAACUCUAAACAUCGAACAAAUUCACAUGAUGAUACAAAUAUCCUUAAGAUUGAGUGAAUGCAGAAAAACUAAAUUUAUAACAAUGUUGCAAUAUUUGUAUGGCAUGUGCAGAUCACCCUGUUCAUCUAAAUUGAACAGUGAUGAGGCGAUGAUAGAAAUAUUUUUUUCAUCAGAAUAUCACUUGUCUUCAUUUUGCCUUGUAGUGAUUCUGGAUUUCUGUCAAGUUCUACCAUAAACCCACUACCAUGUAUUUAUAAUGUGAGUCUGUGAUAGAGGAGUAAUACAUCCUAGUCAAUGGUCCGUAUUCAAUAUUCUGAAGUCGAGUUUAAUUGAGACUCUGGUCUAAAUUUGUGGUUUAAGUAUGGAUAGCCAAGGGUAACAUAAUUCUUGAACAGUAGAGAUACAAUGUAUUAGCUUAUUUGGCCUCAAAUCAUUAUAAUCUAUCUGGGAAGUAUAAAUAAGAAAGUUAUGAUACAUUCAGAAGGGUAAUUAUCAAAUCAGACCAUGAAUGCAAUCAGGAUUAGGCUUAUUGACAAUCAAUCUCAGCGUCAGGAUCGUACAUUUUCCGUCUUGCAAGUUCAAUGUCUCACCACCAGCUGGCGCCAUUUAACUUAUGAUGACAGACAUCGUAACGUCAUUGCAUCUCCCUUUUCAUAAAAAGACAGUAACACUAAUCAAAACAUAUUUUUAUUAACCAAAUAAUUCAGUACAUGGUGAUUAAUAAAGAAUUAAUUUAUGAGUCCGUUUAUUUUUUUUUAAACAAAAAUUCCAGUUCAAUUGAAAAUAUUCUUGCAGUCAUACUUUUGUAGCUUCAAAAAUAUUCUUCGGAGAUGUGGUUGGGUGUCUGCUAGAGGCUUUUUUUUCAUGAUCGUCUCCAAAGGUUUGUGAUCAGACUCGGAUCUCAAACUUCCUCAUGACAACAUACUGAUGGAACGUCUCUGCACUGUAUACCACUGCUGCUGAUUCCUUCUAAAUUUGGUCAUACCAUUUUUCACAAUACGUGAAGGCUUUUGAGGCAUAUGCAACUGACCUUUCGUUUUGGAGAAUGACUGCCCCUACACCAUUCUCUGAUGCAUCCAUACAGUCACAGGUUGAUUCACAUCAUAGAAUUGUAGUAUUGGAGCUUCAGUUGCCAUUUUCUGCAGCUUCUCAAAGGCUGUAGCGUGCUCUUGGUGCCACUGUCAGUCAUUCUCCUUCACCAAGAGUUUCCUCAGGGAAGUGUGAAACUGCCCUAUCACAAGAAGAAGCUUUCAUAUCUUUUUAACGAUCCUGGGCAGGAGAAAUGCUUUUAAUACUUACCUGUAAACGCUAUUAUUUCACUGUUGUUUGACUAGCCUAUUCCAUGGUAAAUAUUGCAUCUGUAGGGCUGUCAACGAGAAUACAUUUCAACUACUGUGGGUGAAUAAUUUGCCUACAAUCUAGGAGGCUGCAGCAUUUGUCUUUGCCUUUAUGGCCUGAAUUCACAAAGAUGGUUUUUAAAACCAUCGGUUGAACCCAUGGUUUAUGCAGAUUUCCUGUAUGUAUAUAAAAAAUGUCCAAUGCUGAUGCGUGCUUUUGUCACAGUGCGCCAAAUUGAUGCCUGUUGCCGUGGUUAUCCACGCUGUAUUAUUCAUGAGUCCACUGUUUUGAAUUAAUGAGUCCACUCCUCAAACAGUGGACUCCUGAAUAAGAUAUCGUACUUCACCUUAGCAACAGGCCACAAUUUGGUGCACUGUGACAAGAGCUUGCAUCAGUAUUGGACAUUUUUUAACAUCCGCGGUAAAUUAAGCGUAAUUUUUACAUGAAAUCUGCAUUAACACAGGGUUCAACCAAUGGUGUUCAAAACCACCUUUGUGAAUUCGGGCCUAUGAGUCUGAUGCAAAGAUAUAAAUGUAGUCUCCGCCUAGAUUAUGGGCUAGUAAACAAUCCAGGAUUUUUGCUGUUAUUACAAUAAAUGGGCAUUUUCAAACUAUUGAUUUCUUAUUGAUCUAAAUUUAUUUUCAUAAUGACAUUUGGACCUUUGGUGUCCACAAAGUAUAAUGUCUAAAAUAAAAAAUGAAAUUUGGUUGGCAUGCAUAAAAGUGACAUUGUGAAUUAUUUGACAAUGCAAUAAAUCAGAUUUUGUUAUUAUCUUGUUUUAUAUAUAGAUUAUUUUGUUACCAAGUGUAAGGGAAUCAUGCUUCCAUUUGAAAAUAUAUCAGUUACCAUAAUGUACCAGCAGAAUUAACUGCAUUCAAACUUGAGUUUUAUGAAUCUAUAUUUUACCUGAAAUAUAUAUCUCCCAUGGAUGAUAAAAAUCAUUUGUUUCAUCUAAUUUAACAGUACAGCUUCACUCUGUAUUCAAGUGAAUGUGAAUUAUUUUGAAAUUAAAUUGAAUUGUUCAGAACA